AUGCCUGACAACCACAUGGCCAAGGGACGAUAAGCAUAACAUGAGACUUGCUCGGUCCCUAGGUUAACGAAAGCAAACCCAACACAUAGGCUCAAUCAGCUGUUUACCUAUCGCGACAGGUGGAUAAGAGCGUCCUGUCGCCAUGGUAGCACGUGGCAAACCAAACAGGCCAGUACGCCAUAACCGACUGAGGGUCGGGGAAGGGGGAUAAGGGUACCUAGGAGGCCUUACCCGGAAUUUGACAGUUAAAAAUGGCGUCGGGAGUCACUGGGGGUAAACCCACGGGUAAAGCUCUGGCAAACUGCAACUACGUAGCUCAAGAUCAAAUCUGGAAGGGUCACAUCACUCAGGAAGAGGCUGCCGCUAAGAUCUGGCCGGCCAACUGGAAUUUUCUAACCGGAUCACAUAGAGAACUCGUCAAGGAUGAAUUCCCCCAAGCGAAAAAGGGGAAACGGGAAAUCCCAACGCUUAUUCAAAUCAGGCCCGUAACACCAAUUGAAGAGUACAUCAAAGUUCAACCUUCACCUCGGCCAUUUCCGUCAACUACCUCGCAGCAAAUCGGAUGGCGAUCUACCCGCACGGAACACACAUUAGAAAAAUAUGGGAAAUACGCCAAACCCAAAGGUGGUUUGGUGAAACAACUAAAUUGGCCUCAGGAGGCGGUGGACUAAGUGCUUCAAAUGGCUAGAGAUUUUAUAUAAUUUGUAUUGUCGCUAUUGUAUGAUUGAUUUUCAUGUUGGGCGGCAGACAAGGUUGUCGUUUCUGCUUUAUCCAAUUCAUGCGAGUUACCACAAUCUUUUCAAGGCUGGCUUUCAAUAGUCUUAUGAAUAUAUGUAAAUAGUUUAAAACCCUCACGGUAAAAUGGUUAUGUCACCUUUCUCUCUCUGGAGGGUUACGUAACUACUGCGUCCCUCGCUCGUGUAACGUAUUUAUGAAUUAUGGAGGAGAAAUUUUACAACAUUGAAAACAUCUGGACCAUUGAACAAAACCCGAGCUAUCCGCAGCCUGAACACGUGGGUAUUACGACGGGGAAUCUACGGGGCCCAGAAAGUAAGACUUUUUAAACGAUACUGACUUGAUUGAGUUUGAAAUGAUGGUGGGAAUAGUGCUUGCAGCAUUCGCUGGUCGUUGUUAAUCCUGUGUCGGUGCGUUUACAAUCACCAGCACAACCUAGGAGUGCUUUAUAAUUGAAAUGUGCUUUAUCUAACAAUCGUAAAUAAAUCGUAAAAAUAUAAAUAUUUCAAAAUAAAUUAAAAUAUUAAAUAUCAAACAGUAAAACAAAUAAUUUAUUUUACAAGUACAAGUUCUGCAGUUCUAUAUACUUCAGGUCAGGUUUUCAGCAACCCAUGCUUGCCGUAAAAGGCGACUAUGCUUGUCGUAAGAGGCGACUAACGGGAUCGGGUGGUCAGGCUCGCUGACUUGGUUGAUUCAUGUCAUCGUGUCCCAAUUGCGUGGAUCGAUGCUCAUGGUGUCAAUCACUGGAUUGUCUGGUCCAGACUUGAUAAUUUACAGAUCGCCGUCAUAUAGCUGGAAUAUUGCUGAGUUCGGCGUUAAAAAAACAACCUAUUUCCAUGUUCGUUUACAAUCUUAGAAAAAUAUCCAAAUAAACUCUUGUAUUACAUACGUGUAACCUAAUACAUGUAACAUUUUUUAAGGAAAAGUAUGCAGAAUUUGAAACAUUUCCAAAUAAUGACUUUAAUUAGUCAUACGUCUUGAUAGUGCCUGUGUUGGAAUGUGGAGUACAUCAUUAUGAACAACUAGCCAUGUUGUAUGCUAGCUCGAAUCCAUUGCUGGGAAAUGUUUCAUUGUAAGUUUACAUUUCAUAGACUUGCUGGUGUUUGUGGUAAUAGUUCCUUGUGGAAUAACCUCCGAACUUAUCGACCCCUCGAAGACUUUUCUGAAACGAAUCAUAUAAUAGUCUUCAAAGACUUCAAGUUGCAUUGAUUCCAUUCAGUGUGGAUCUUAAUUGAGCUAUCAAACUUCAAUCUAAAUUCUUUUGAUAUAAAAAGUGUAGCUUUGAUAUUGAAUUGAAACGAUAAUUCUGCUAUCAAGCUAUGUUCUUUGAAAUUUAGAUAACAUUUAACGCUUGAGCGUGAAUCAUAUUUGCUGGUGUGCUGGUUCGUGUAUUAUUCUCUUAAGUAGUGGGUUUUUUUAAAUAAAAUAUAAAGUGACUUGUUAAAGUGCAAAUUACACCAUGAGCUGGGACAGAGAGAGAUCGAUCCCAUUAAGAGUCUUUACAUUCAUUUUACGCUUAUUCAUUGUUGUAAUGUAAAGAAAAAGAAAACAAUAUAUAUUUUUUUAUUUAUUAAUUCAGUGCGGGUAUUGAUAUGCAAAACGUCAAAAGUUAUUGCUGUGCCUUGUUGAUCAAAAGUUGCAAUUUAUUAAAAUGAAUUAGAAUUUGAAAUUAAUUGAAUAUCCCCAUGGGAUAGUAUUCACUUUCAAUUAAAAUCAAUCCGCCUUUCAAACCAUCGAUCCACAGACAGAUUCUAGAAUGUAUGGUAGUAAACAAAUUGUAUGUGGUUAUUCAAAUGAAUUUGGGUAAUAAUUUAUUUAAUUGAUGGAGACAGCGGCUUCGAAUAAUGCAUUGUCACCAGCGACAGCGCGACGACGGCUUAUACAGGCGACUUGUCUCACCUCGCUCAGAGUGCUAAACAGGGAAGGUUAUUAUCAGCGUGAUUUGUAAAGCAACGGUAUUCACAGAUUGUAAUUUUCUAGCGAUUUUCACACCUCAUGUUUACAUUAACAAUAAACAGUCCUUUGUCUGGCGCCUAUUGUUACAUAAUAAUGACUAGCUGAUCGGCUUCUAUUCCGCACUUGAUGCAAGGGAGAUUAAUAUUAAGUCAUCCACAGCCAUUAUUACGAUUUAACAAUACACCCGACUAAACCUAGAGAUCCCUACAAUCAACCAUGCGCGAAAACCUUUAGAUUGGGAUGGUGUUGGUGAAUAAAUGUUUUUGAAAAGAUCUUUUUUUUCUGCUUCAAAGCUGUCAUACAUCAAUAAAGAAGGCAUAAUAACUACAACGGGCUUAUGUUUCAGUUUGUUAUGAUACAGUAUCAGAUAUAAAAUCACGUUAUUGAUUUGAAAAUAAUAUUCAAAUAUCUAUAUGAUAAAGAUCGUGUUUGACAAUCACAAAAAUACAAUAUGGGAACCGCCGUAGAUGAUGUUUUGAGGGUGUUGGUAUGCCGUUACUGUAAAGGCAUCGACGCUAGUUACAUUCUAGGACGCGUACGCAUUCGAUGGUUUGAAAGGCUUUAAGUGCAGUUGAUCAAAAUAAUCUUGGGUAUUGUUGCGAAAAGGGCAAUCUCAUUGUUGUUCAAGUGAAACUAAUCUAGGUUUUAGCACUACAACAAUUUGUAACCGAAUCUAUUGUCGUGUUCUAAAUAUAGACCUUAGUCACCAUGUCUGCUGAUCAAUAUGUAGAACCAUUUCUUGUGAAAUUACAUAUACACCACCUGAUAUAUUACAUGCUAUGUUGCGUGUAGUGCCUAUUCCUAAAUUUGGUCUGGCUUCCCAUGAUGUCAUUGGAACAGGCACAAAUCGUUUUGCCGUUAAGCCGCCAUAUAAACGUCGCAUAACCUUUGUCGGUGGCUCUUGACCCAUGAACUAGGCUCUGAAAUGAUUGUGCGACCUCAAUUGAUGUUGAUAUCCUCCUUAUUUGGAAUCUACAAAACCAUAAUUGAAGUCGAAUCUAACUCGCGUGCGGGUCCAUGCAGUAACUAAUCACGUGAUAUAAUUGACGUUUGAAAAUGCUCUAUGAAACCGAAUCUCAUUACUUCAGUCCACACUGCGAAAAGAUAUUCGCCGACAACAUUCGAAUCACUGGCCAUGUCCAAUUUGAUUAUUUUGCAACCACGGAGAAGAUAGUUAUUUCUCGUCGAUCGUAUCUCCGUCUGGAAACAACAUGCAAGUUUUGUUGCGAUCAGCGGUCAGGAAAAUGCGAUUUUUUCAUAACGUGAGAGUAUGAUGCCGCGUGUCUGAUAUGAAAGACUUCUAGUUGAAAGAA